GGGACCGUCUUACAUUAAGAGAAUUAUCUCUAAGGGGUAAAGAUGAUUACGUAGAUGAAGAAAUACUAUCGGCCGUCUUUCCAAUUAGCUGGGAUUUCCGCUUCCAAUUUCGUGAAAUAUUUAAUAUGAUGGAGUACAUAAUUCUGUCCAUUACAGAAUAUCCCAAUACCAUAAAAGAACUCUUAAAACACCCAACUGAUUCACAAGAAUUUUCUAUUCGACAUUGUAUUGCUGUUGAAUAG